GGUGCCCGCCGCGGGGGGGCCGUGCCGGCCCCGGCUCCCGGCUCGGCUCAGCUGUUCCCUGCGGCAGCGGCACUGCGCGCCCAGCCCCAGCCCAGCCGAGCCGAGCCGAGCCGGGAGGAGCGGGGCCGGGGGCCGGGGGCUACGGGGGAACGGGGCCGAAACCGGGCGGAGCCGAGCGGGGCGCAGCGCGCACGGAGCCGCGGAGCGCAGCCAUGAGCCGCCGCGUGGUGCGCCAGAGCAAGUUCCGGCACGUCUUCGGGCAGCCGGUGAAGGCCGACCAGAUGUACGAGGACAUCCGCGUCUCCAAGGUGACGUGGGACAGCUCCUUCUGCGCUGUCAACCCCAAGUUCUUGGCCAUCAUUGUGGAGUCCGGCGGCGGGGGGGCCUUCAUCGUCCUGCCCCUCGCCAAGACGGGGCGCGUGGACAAGAACCACCCGCUGGUGACGGGGCACACGGCGCCCGUGCUGGACAUCGACUGGUGCCCCCACAACGACAACGUCAUCGCCAGCGCCUCCGAGGACACCACCGUCAUGGUGUGGCAGAUCCCCGACUACGUGCCCGUGCGCAGCAUCACGGAGCCGGUGGUGACGCUGGAGGGGCACUCCAAGCGGGUGGGCAUCAUCUCGUGGCACCCCACGGCGCGCAACGUCCUGCUCAGCGCAGGCUGUGACAACCUGGUGAUCCUCUGGAACGUGGGCACGGGGGAGAUGCUGCUGGCGCUGGAGGACAUGCACACCGACCUCAUCUACAACGUGGGCUGGAACCGCAACGGCAGCCUCCUGGUCACCACCUGCAAGGACAAGAAGGUCCGCGUCAUCGACCCCCGCAAGCAGCAGGUCGUGGCGGAGAAAGACAAACCGCACGACGGCGCCCGCCCCAUCCGUGCCAUCUUCAUGGCCGAUGGCAAGAUCUUCACCACCGGCUUCAGCAAGAUGAGCGAGCGGCAGCUGGGCCUCUGGGACCUGAAUAACUUCGAGGAGCCCAUCGCCCUGCAGGAGAUGGACACCAGCAACGGGGUCCUGCUGCCCUUCUACGACGCCGACUCCAGCAUCGUCUACCUGUGCGGAAAGGGGGACAGCAGCAUCCGGUACUUCGAGAUCACGGACGAGGCGCCCUAUGUGCACUACCUGAACACCUACAGCAGCAAGGAGCCGCAGCGGGGCAUGGGCUUCAUGCCCAAACGCGGGCUGGACGUCAGCAAGUGCGAGAUUGCCAGGUUCUUCAAGCUGCACGAGCGCAAGUGCGAGCCCAUCGUCAUGACGGUGCCGCGCAAGUCAGACCUCUUCCAGGACGAUCUGUACCCCGACACCCCGGGCCCCGAGCCGGCCCUGGAGGCGGACGAGUGGCUGUCGGGGAAGGACGCGGAGCCCAUCCUCAUCUCGCUGCGGGACGGCUACGUCCCCAGUAAGAACCGGGAGCUGAAGGUGGUCAAGAAAAACAUCCUGGACAACAGGCCCCCCCCGGGCCCCCGCCGCAGCCACUCCACCUCCAACACCGACCUCUCCUUGCCCACCCUGGACGAGGUGCUGGAGGAGAUCCGUGCCCUGAAGGAGACGGUGCAGGCGCAGGAGAAGCGCAUCUCCGACCUGGAGCACAAACUCUGCCAGUUCACCAACGGCACGGACUAGCGCCGCGGCCGCGGGCAGGGCGAGGACUGCGCCCGCCCGAGGCAGGCAUUAAAUCCGAGUCCCCGCAGCGGGCAGGAG